UUUAGAGUGUAGCUACAUAAAAAGCAACCCUGUCAACAUAAAAUCCAAACAGAAACAUAACAAACGUGAACAAACAUGGCGCGCGCAGGUGAUGAACGUUUUGUCGCGGAAAACUCCGAAAUUUCAAACGUGGUGCUGAAAGAAUUGAAUUUGCCAGCCGAAUUACUUGCUGUUUUUGAAGAAUUGAGCUACAACGUCGACCGUUUCUCCACCGUCACCAAAGACGAACUUAUUAAAGAUUUGGGAGCUGCCGGAUGGAGCUGCGACUGGGACCUGCUUUAUGACCGGAUAACAGCCUGGCGGAAGCUGAACGGUUUCGAUUUGAUCACUUUCACCAAAGUGGAAGUUUUGGAGGAGUGGGUUUGCAGUGAGGAAGUGGAAGCAUCGGAACAGACACUAUUCGACCCUGAAUUGAGAGAAUCAUCUGAGAGAUUGACUUUCUCACCCGUCGUAUCUGCAACUGGGACAAUUGGAUCGGUCGUGGCAUCGGUGGAUCUCCCUGGACCAUCAUCUUCAUCGUCAGUGCCAUCGGCGGAUCUCCCUGAAACAUCUUCCUCGUCGGCCGUGGAAUCGGCUGAUCUCCAUGAAUCAUCAUCGUCGGUCGUGACAUUGGCGGAUCUCUCUGUAUCAUCAUCUUUGUCGGCUAUACCAUCAGCGGAUCCUCGGGUGGAUCUCUCUGGUUCGUCGUCUUCGUCGGCCGUGGCAUCAGUGAAUCUCCCUGAACCAUCAGCUUCGAGGGCUGUGACAUCGACGGAACACCCUGGACCAUCAUUUUCGGCACAAUCGGUGGUUCCUCCUAAAGGUAAAGGACCAGAUGAAACUCGAGACUUGGAUACGCCUUGUUCAUCAUCAUUCUUUGGCCCACGCGACCUUGAAGUACUCCUUCGCAAAUCUCUUAGUGGAGAAGCGCUGCUGGCAAGGGCUCCUAAGGGGCCACUGACGGAACGAAGCCAAAAAGAUCUAGCGGAAAUCAUCGCCGAGCAUCAUUUGAAUGCUCGGCUGAAGACAACGGAGCGGGUAUUGGACAGCUAUGCGGAGUCAAUAACGCUGUUGUUCCGCCAGGAAAAAAAGGAUUGCUACUACAUACCACGAAGCGGCGAGAAAAGAAAUCCGGGCGGCAAGAUUUAUAAUAAAAUUGCAAACCUGAAACAAAAAAGGAUCAAACGAGACAAGUAUGAGGAGGACAUUGAAGCCAAACGACAGAAGCACAACACUGGCUCGACAGGCGUAGACAUCGAGUUGGACGCCGCGGCAGAAGCAGCCUUUAAUUGGUUGAGACUCAAUACGCAACCAUGGCAAACAACUGUUAACCAGUGGAAAGCUUCUUUCAAUCGAAGACGUCGAGAUUUGCAGAAACCAGCACUGCUCGCUAAUGUAGAUGGGAUAUACCGUCACUACAAGGACCCUUAUGGAUUCCAACUGAUCGAUGAAGACUUCGACAGGUUGUACAAUAUUACUACCGAUGACCCGAUCGACAAAUGGAAUCGCUCAUUAGCAGGACUGACCGUUCGCCUGUGUCAACAAUACAAGGACGGAGCGUCGAACAAGCUUGUGGAUUUACUUCGGAAUGGUGCAAGUACGG